AUGGCUUUAAUGAAAUCAGAUCAAGUCCCUGAAGAUGCUGUUGCACUAAGUGAAAUCGAAGCUACAACCUACAUGUGGGAUUUGGUUAACAACUGGGAAUCGCUUUCAGAAACAUGGGCCUUACGAUAUACACCAGCUAUACUUGGUGCAAUUAAUGGCUGUAGUGGCGUGUUAUUAAAUUCUUACUACCGUCGAAAGCUAAAACUUGGCAAAUAUGGAUAUUUUUCGUCUGUAAUUCCUAUAUCAUUAAUGCCAGGGGUUCUCACCGCACUGUUUCAUAGACAUUUAGUGUCAACAGAUAUGCUGCUGAUGAAGAAUGAAUCUUGCCCAAUUUGUUACGAGUUACGAUCGGGUUUGAUUCAAAUUGCAUUGGGUUGCUUUUAUCCGAUGGUGCUUGGACCAACAUCUGCAUUAAUGUUCGCCAACAGAUAUUCCACUUACCGGGUACCAGACCUUGCUGAUGGGCCAAAGGUUGUAUUAAAAUUUUUGCGGACACAAACAAAGCCAUUCACAGGAACACUGACAUCUAUGGUGGCGAUACAGUUGGCCGCCUCCUCCAUCCUGACGUACUUCGAAAUGAAAAACAAUAUAUCACUCAGACAGAAAAUUACGGAAAUAGAAAAAAAAGUUUUAAAUGAAUAG